GUUUGGUAAGAAGAGAUUCCACGCCGCCAUUUAAACUAUGAAUAUGAAGAAUUAAUUCAUUUACUCAAAAAAAGAAAAAGAAGGAAAUUUGGUGUAAAUUCAAAUCAAUUGAAAAAGCUUGAGGAAAAUCUUCUCAAAAAAAGAACUAAUGGAUUACGCGUUGGAUUCAUGUUCGUAUAGACUCAGUUUUGCGUGUUCCUCGCCUAUUUCUAGCUUAUCUCACUUUCAAAGGGCACAAACAUGCUAAGCCACGUGUCCUCUGUCUCUAUCUCCCUCCGGUUGCCCUACAUAAACCUCUCUGGUUGAGCUAAUGGAAGCUUAUGUUGAGUCGGUGCUGAUGCUUGCUACUUGGUCUAGGUUCGGACUUCAAUUCAUUCAGUUCAAUUUAGGUCUCCCUUUUCAAGAUCAAGAUCAAUUUUGAAUUGCUGCCUUCCGUACUAUUUCUACUAGAUUUAUAGAGUGCAAUCAUGAAUGCCUUAGCAGCAACCAACAGAAACUUCAAGCUGGCAGCUAGGCUCCUGGGGUUAGACUCGAAGCUUGAAAAGAGUUUACUGAUUCCAUUCAGGGAAAUCAAGGUUGAGUGUACCAUACCAAAGGACGAUGGCACUUUGGCAUCUUAUGUUGGGUUCAGGGUUCAGCAUGACAAUGCAAGAGGUCCCAUGAAAGGAGGGAUCAGAUACCACCCAGAGGUUGACCCAGAUGAGGUGAAUGCUCUAGCGCAACUAAUGACAUGGAAAACAGCAGUAGCAAAUAUCCCGUAUGGAGGAGCUAAAGGUGGGAUCGGCUGUGAUCCAGGGACUUUAAGCAUAUCUGAACUAGAACGACUAACUAGGGUUUUCACUCAAAAAAUACAUGAUUUGAUUGGAAUCCACACUGAUGUACCUGCACCUGAUAUGGGUACUGGUCCACAGACCAUGGCAUGGAUACUAGAUGAGUACUCCAAGUUUCAUGGCCACUCUCCUGCAGUUGUGACCGGAAAACCUAUUGUAAUUUUUGCAUUCCAACUUCAAUUUAAAGGAGGGAAGAUUGUGGCAGUAAGUGACAUUACUGGAGCAAUAAAGAACGUCAAGGGAAUUGAUAUCCCAAGCUUAUUCAAACAUGUAAAGGAAAAUAAGGGUGUCAAAGGAUUCCAUGGCGCGGAUUCUAUUGAUCCAAAGUCAAUACUAAUUGAGGAUUGUGACGUUCUUAUUCCUGCAGCCCUUGGAGGCGUCAUCAACAGGGAAAAUGCUAAUGAUAUCAAAGCCAAAUUUAUAGUGGAAGCUGCUAACCAUCCAACUGACCCACAGGCUGAUGAGAUAUUGUCAAAGAAAGGGGUCGUUAUUCUACCAGAUAUAUAUGCAAACUCAGGAGGAGUCACUGUCAGUUACUUUGAAUGGGUGCAGAAUAUCCAAGGCUUCAUGUGGGAUGAGGAGAAAGUGAACAAUGAGCUAAGGACUUACAUGACCAAAGGUUUUAAGGAUGUGAAGGAGAUGUGCAACACCCACAACUGCGAUCUUCGAAUGGGUGCAUUCACCCUCGGUGUCAACCGCGUUGCCCGGGCAACUGUUCUCCGGGGAUGGGAAGCCUGAGAUAAUUUGCACUUGAAUAAAAUCGACACCCAAAUAAAGGCCCCAUAUUUGUUUUUUUCCAGUAGUUUUCGAUUACCUACCGUAGUGGAUUAGAAACUGAAAAGAGGAUGUCGUUUUUAUCUUGUCUCGGUGCUAAUUUAUAUAUUUAAUUUUCAUCUAAAGAAGUUCUCAUAAAAGGUAUAUGAUAUAUAUGGGGGGAAUGAUUAAGUAUGAUAAUUGCUGCUUAAUCCUAUAGAUAACCAUGAAGUGUGACUUGGA